AUGGCGAAACGCAGCGCUUUCGAGGCGCUGGUUACCAUCGUGAUCGCGAUGAUGGCCGUGUUACCGUCCCGCGGCGUCAUGGCGGACCUCAUCUUCGGCUCGCGCGUCGGUCAAAUGACCUUCCCUGCCGACAGCAAGCAGCCCAAACUCUCGGUCGUCUUCUGGCCUCCCCCCUCCACCCCCUCCACCCCCUCCACUCCAUCCUCCUCUCCCGCCGCCUCACACCCCACGCCUGCCUCCCUGCCAGUUGACGAACCGGGUCUAGAGUCGGUUGAGAUGACUGCCAGUGACGGCACACGCUACCGCUGCAUCCUCCCCCCACCCACGCUCUCCUCCUUGGCCUCUCCUGGUGCUGGCGGGGGAGGGGCAGAAGGGGCCGGGGGGAAGGGCGGGGCAGCAGGAGUGGCGUUUGGGGAGAGCCGGAAGAGUCCGGAAGACCUGCUGGAUGCCAUGAAGGGGUUACCCUGUUUUUACCGGGUGCGUAUUCCCU